CGUUUCCCUCAUGCGGCACGUACGAGAACUGCAGCAGCAGCAACCGCGCGACCAGCUACCUCAGUUGCGCUUCCUGAAGCGAAUUAAACGAGCUCACCACAGGGCCGGCCGCCGGGAGCCCUUGGGGGCGGGCCCCUGGCGUCGCUUCUGUGGCGCGUCGGUAACGGGCGCCGGUGUGGCUGGGCCCGGCCCGGCUCCCCAGGCCGCCAUGGCCCCGCUGCUGUGGCUGGCCCUGCAGCUGGGCGCGGGGUGCGCGGCCUGCCUGGUGGACGUGGACGUGGGGCGAGCGGGGCGGCCCCUGCAGCACUUUUGGAGGAGCACCGGCUUCUGCCCUCCUUUACCUCACAGCCGUGCUGACUUAUUUGACCUGAGCAAAGACCAAGAGAUGAACCUUGCCUACAUUUCUUCUGUUCCGCAUGGUGGCAUUGAACAAGUUCGAAUUCACUGGUUACUGGAAUUAGUUGCUCUCAGAGUGAUGAAUGGGAAACUUCGCUACAAUUUUACUGCCUUGGAUAACCUUAUGGAUCGCCUGUGGGAAAAUAAGCUAAUCCCAGGAUUUGAAUUGAUGGGGAAUCCAUCAGGAUAUUUUUUAGAUUUUGAAAAUAAAGAACAGGUAGUAAGAUGGAGAAACUUAAUUAAACUUCUGGCCAGCAGAUACAUAGAUAGGUAUGGAUUGCAGCAUGUUGCUAAAUGGAAUUUUGAAACAUGGAAUGAACCAGACCACCACAACUUUGACAACGUGUCUAUGACAGUGAAAGGGUUUCUCAACUAUUAUGAUGCUUGCUCAGAAGGAUUAAGAGCAGCCAGUCCUCUACUAAAAUUUGGAGGGCCUGGGGAUUCCUUCCACCCUUUACCCAAGUCACCCAUAUGCUGGAGUCUGCUGGGUCAUUGCUACAAUGGAACCAACUUCUUCACAGGAGAGACUGGUGUAAGGCUGGAUUACAUCUCUCUCCAUAAGAAGGGAGGUGGCAGUUCUCUCUACAUCUUGCAACAAGAAGUAGAAGCAGUUGGACAAAUUCAGAAGCUGUUUCCAAAUUUUGCUUCUGUUCCCAUAUACAACGAUGAAGCAGAUCCAAUGGUUGGAUGGUCUGUUCCACAGCUGUGGCGAGCUGAUGUGACCUAUGCAGCUAUGGUUGUAAAGGUAAUCACCCAGCAUCAAAACCUGCUCAUUUCCAAAGCCAACAACACCAUCAACUACACACUGCUGAGUAAUGACAAUGCCUUCUUGAGCUACUACCCCCAUUACUUCACACAGCGGACUCUGACAGCACGUUUUCAGAUGAACAAUACAAAGCCACCCCAUGUCCAGAUGGUGCGAAAACCAGUGCUGACUGUCAUGGGCUUGCUGGCAUUGCUAGGAGAAAAGCAGAUUUAUGCAGAAGUGAAGAGCAGUGAAGGCGAAAGCGUUCAAAACAGCACAAUUGGUGUCCUGGCAUCUGUGCACACCCCAAGUGAGAUGCAGCGCUCAGACAGUUGGCAAGCUACUGUACUGAUGUAUUCAAGUGAGGAUAACAGGACUUCAUCCAACAUCAGCACUGUCACAGUGAAUGCCACCCACUUCCCCAAACUCAGAGAGCUGGUGUAUGUGACAUACUACCUGGAUAACAACAAAACCAAUCCCUACCUGAAGUGGAAAAAGCUAGGAAGCCCUGAUUUUCCUUCCCCACAACAGUUCCAACAAAUAAGGGAUGCUGAGGACCCCGUGACAACAGGCCCAUUCCCGUUUCCUGAAGGUGGCAUUCUGACACUGAAGCAAGACUUUCCCGUUCCCUCAGUCUUUCUUAUCCACAUCUGUGCAAGACCCAGAUCUGUUCCUGAUCAAGUGACUGGUGUUCGUUUGAUCCCUCUCACAAAAGGGCAGGUCAUUGUGUUGUGGGACGAUGGCUGUGUAAAUUCAAAAUGUAUAAAGACAUUUGAAGUGGAGUUCUCACUAGAUGGAAAAGCAUACCAGCGUAUUAAUGCCAAAGACACAAUAUUCACUCUUUGGGUCUACAGUCCAGGAAGCUCAGUCUCCGGCUUUUACAGAGUGCGUGCCAUGGACUACUGGGGGAAGGCAGGCCUGUCCUCUCUUCCUGUGGAGUAUGUUGAAGCUUUCAAGUGACUCCGAAGAAUGGUGCCUGGCGGGGUGACUGAGUGGUGUAUGCUCCCUGCAAAUGACAACUCCCCAGAAAAAUAAACUCCUCCCAAGCUGAGGAAGGAGUAUCGAAAGGACCUGAUGAAGCAAGUUAGGAAUGCAAGUUAGAAGCAGCUGCUCCUAUUAACUCUUCAGAGCUCAAAAGACAGCGUUAUCAAACAGCCACAACUGACAAUCCAACUGGUACGAUUGUAAGAGGCUGCCGCAGUACUGAGAUUCACCUUGGUAACUAGGACUUAAGGGAAUAAAUAUUAUUCCCUAUUUUACACUGAGCUAAUGGCUAGGACAACCAAAGAUUUAUAGAGGAUACAAACUGCAGCAGGAACAGGACCAUUGCUUCACUGUAUGAGUGAGGAUGGCAGGACAAGGGGGACCUCUGUGAGAGUGAACUGCCUGCUCAGCUGCUAGGCUGUCUUGACAUAAUGGUGUGAUGGAAAAGCACAGAGCAACCAGAUGUGUCCAGAGCAUGAAGUGAAGGAUCGCUGCUUCCCUGCUGGUUAGUCAGACAUGCUCCAGUGGGUUAUUUCAGAGCACUUAACGUGUCUUCAGGUGUAUGAGGUUCUUCACCCUCUCACAGAGGGGUUUCCACCAGCUGUGUCUGCAUGUGUGGCUGUUAUAUUGGACGCCGGAGCUAUUCCCCAACGUGGGCAGAGGAAGGUGUAGGAGCUCAUCCUUAAAGGGGAAGAAGGCACAAGAUGGUCUAGCCUUCAGACUUCCCUGCCAUUUCUGCUUUCUGCUUUUGUCCAAAUCACCUAUUUUCACUGUGUCCAUCAGCCUCUUUGUGGUGGAGGCUCUAACCCUGAAAGCCCCUCUUUCUCUCCAUGGCUGUCACCUAGCCUGGCCUUCUGCAGCCCUUAAAGCUAACGUCUCUCCCCAGCAUGACUCCCCUCUCAGACUGCAAGUGACCUGAGGCUUGGCUUUGGGUGGCCAGGAGAAAGCUGACAUGCUAGUUAGAGCCUUAUGUGUUUUCAUAUUACAGGAGAAAUCGUAUUACAUUCUUGAAUGUGACAGGGCUGCUAGUGACAAACAGAAAGUUAACCAAGAACGGUUUGAGUUCCUGUGCUUUGCAAAGUGUGUGCACAAGUGUGUGAUAGUCCCAGAUGAUAGACUACGGGACACCUCUGGCUGUCCUUGCAGCUGCCAAACACUUUAUGUAACAGAAAAGUUCCCUGAAAUUGCAGGAGUGUUUUUUUACUCUCCCCUUUUCACAACUGGCACAGUUUGAACCAUGCCUUUAAAAUGCUUAUAGAGGAAAGGAUAAAUGCCAGUGAAAACAGCUGGAAUGUUUUCCAUAAGAGGAGCAACUUUAUCACACAAACAAAUCCCCUGCUGCUCUCUCUGCUGACAUCAGCCACCUCACCAACAUAACAACAAAGGCUGCGUAUUUGAUGAAACAUUCAGGUCUCAGACAAAAAAAAACAAGCUUGCACAGUAGGAGAGAGCUGAACUACCUCAAAUGGCCCCACUUUUACAGCACAGAAAAUAAACAUAUACAAAAAGUCAGUAUGUAUGAGAUUAAGCAUUCUGUCUCCUUACCUUCUGGUUACUUGUUCAUGUGCUUAUGCUGAAAGUUAGCCUUAAAAGAUUCAUUUUGUCACAGAAUUGAGACAAAGUAUUUCUUGCAUCACUUAAGUUUGAAUAAGGAGUGCUUGUCACAUCCUAACCAGCCAAUUCCUCGCCCAUAAAGGCUUGUGCAGGACAGAAAAGCACCAUUGGAACCUACUUAAUUGAUAAUUUUCUCAGUUUCAAAAAAGUUAGUGAGAAGUUCCACUUGGAUGGAGAUAGCAAAAAUACAUUUCAAAGUUGUUAUAGCUACCCCUAAGUGAAGAACCAGAAUAUGCAAUUAAAUACAUCUAGCAGUUAAGACAUUCUGUUUUGCCAGUAUAAAAAGGAACUACAGAAAAAAUUACUUUUAGAAAUGUUCAAGUAUAGGUCCUUGAGAGAUUUUAGUGCGUCUGAAGCUGGGGAAGAUACAGGAGCUUGAGAGGACAGUUUACCCUGUUAGGAUGUCCUAUUAUUUGAUUAGUCUUCUGCUUUAAAAUUUUCCCACACUGGCAGUCAGAAAAUAGCGAUCUUUAUCAAACCAAGGACCAAGCACUAGUUGUAGGUGUUUGGAAAUAGAUGAAGCAUAGCUGUUGUGAAGAGUAUUGAUUUUACAGUUCAGGGGUGUAGUAGAAAGUGUAUAGGUGUGCAACUCAUGAAAAAUAGAUCAAAAAUCACUGCCCUGCUUUAUUUAACUUAAAUUAUACCUCACACAAGUGAGGUCAGUAACGGCAUAUAUGAGGCAAAUGAUGCAGAGCUGAUGGGUCCCGGUGGAAUGUUUGGCACAACAGAGAAUGGCGACUCACGUAUUCUUUCACUGUAUUGAAAUCUGUCCCCGUGGCAAGUGAUUUCUUUUAGGGCAAGUUAUCAUCUUUCAGAAGAUUUUAGGUUGGGAGUUUCUGCUUCUCCGCAGUGACAGACAUGAGGCUUGCAGCUGCCUCUUUGAAGUGGUUUGUAAUUCUCAUGCUUACUUUUUUUGUCUUGUUAAAAAGCAAAGUAAGAGUGCUAUUUUCUCUAAAGUGUCAAGCUAAAAAUUCAUACGUUACUGUAUUGCUUUUUGAAGCCACAAAAAAAACCAGAAAUUUUAUUUGUAAGGGCAGAGCUUAACAUAUUGUAGAUGUAACUAAAAUCCACUUUCUUAGGGUGAAGUCCAGCCACUUUGAAAGUCUGUCACUAGGUUCCUCUCUUAGGGCUUUUACAUUAAACAUUAUCCAAAGUGUGGCAGGCACAGUGCUUUUUCAGGUAUUGGCAGUGGCAAAUAUGCGUGGAAAGCAGAGCUGACCAAAAAUGGUGCACUUUCUGUUCAGAAACGAGUUUUGAAUAUUCACCAAGAUUUUUUUUCUUCUUUGCUGCUUUGGUGCUAACUUAUUCCUUUAAGCAAUAAGCAAGUCUAAACAAUUGCAGCAGAGAUGAGAAUUUGAUAUUUUCAACAAAGUAUAGAAGAUUUGGGCUGCCAUUGUCUUUUUUAUAGUUUAAUGUCUAGAGAAAAAUUCUGUUUAGUACUUGAGUUUUCACUGACUCUGUCUGAUAGGGCUUCCAAAAUUGCAUGUUUAACUCUACCAUCUCCUCCGUUAUGGGACAGUGAUCAGCCCCCCUUCACAGUUUCAGUUUUCAGAAGUGCCAGGUGUGCGUAGCACUAAGUGGGAGUAGAAGGCGCUUAGUAGUUCUGCAGCAUAAGAACCAAAGCAAGACUGCAGAACGCUCAGGUGUGUCUCUUGCUGGCCAUAAAUCCAAGUAGGAAAAUCUAACUGCAACUGCAAAGAGCGAUUGUUUGUGUGCUCUUCAGACAAAAGCUUCUGAGGCUAUGAAACAGUUUUUCAGCUGUUUGUUAAAAUGAAUCCUAGGGGAAAACCUUUCAAAGGAGUGUUUUGUGUAUAUAAUUAUGUAUAUACUGGAUUUGUUACCAUCUUUUGUGCUACCCAAUAAAACCAGUUUUUAAUCUUU